GUGACUGUGCGGACAGGAUGUUGUGUUCAUGUCCCGUUAUGUCCGUGCUAGCGUGAGCUACAGAGAUACAGAGGCUGUAAUCUGUCAUGUCCACAGCGACAAGUUGCCGCCACGGGAGCCGUUUGCGUUUUUAACCUGCACAACAAAAACGUGUGUGCUGUGUGCAGCUGUGUGAGAUGAAAUGACAACGUCAACAUUACAGAAAGCAAUUGAUCUUGUGACCAAAGCGACUGAGGAGGACAAAGCAAAGAACUAUGAGGAGGCUCUGCGCUUGUACCAGCACUCUGUGGAGUACUUCUUACAUGCCAUCAAAUAUGAGGCCCACAGUGACAAGGCAAAGGAAAGCAUCCGGGCCAAGUGUAUGCAGUACCUGGACCGAGCUGAAAAACUCAAAGACUACCUGAAAAACAAGGAUAAACAAGGCAAGAAACCAGUGAAGGAAGCUCAGAGCAAUGACAAGAGCGACAGUGACAGUGAAGGGGAAAACCCAGAGAAGAAAAAGCUCCAGGAGCAGUUAAUGGGUGCUAUUGUCAUGGAGAAACCCAAUGUGCGGUGGAGUGACGUGGCCGGACUGGAGGGAGCUAAAGAAGCUUUGAAGGAGGCUGUCAUCCUGCCCAUUAAAUUCCCACAUCUGUUCACAGGGAAGCGGACUCCAUGGAGGGGCAUCCUGCUUUUUGGACCCCCAGGGACAGGAAAGUCCUAUCUUGCUAAGGCAGUGGCCACAGAAGCCAACAACUCCACCUUCUUCUCGGUGUCCUCCUCAGACCUGAUGUCUAAGUGGCUGGGAGAGAGUGAAAAGCUGGUGAAGAAUCUAUUUGACUUGGCACGGCAGCACAAGCCUUCCAUCAUCUUCAUUGACGAGGUGGAUUCUCUGUGUGGCUCCAGAAACGAGAAUGAGAGUGAGGCAGCCCGGCGCAUCAAGACAGAGUUUCUGGUCCAAAUGCAAGGUGUGGGCAACAACAACGAUGGCAUCCUGGUGCUGGGAGCCACCAACAUCCCCUGGGUCCUGGAUGCAGCCAUACGCAGAAGGUUUGAGAAGAGGAUCUACAUCCCCCUGCCAGAGGAGCCGGCCCGAACACACAUGUUCCGGUUGCACCUGGGAAACACGCCUCACAGUCUGAGCGAAGUGGACCUGAGGCAGCUCGCCCACAAAACAGACGGCUACUCGGGGGCCGACAUCAGCAUCAUUGUACGGGACGCCCUCAUGCAGCCCGUGCGCAAAGUGCAGUCAGCCACGCACUUCAAGAAGGUGCGUGGCCCUUCCCGAAGUAACAACCAGAUCCUGGUGGAUGACCUCCUGACCCCUUGUUCCCCUGGUGACCCUGCUGCCAUAGAGAUGACCUGGAUGGAUGUGCCUAGUGAUAAGCUGCUGGAGCCUAUAGUGUGCAUGUCAGACAUGCUGCGCUCUCUGUCCACCACUCGGCCCACAGUCAACACUGAAGACCUGCUCAAAGUCAAGAAGUUCACAGAGGACUUUGGCAUGGAGGGCUGACACAGCUGCUCUGGAGUCAGGCUGAGCUUCACAGCUCAUCUACUCUUUUAUUUAUUCAGAUACACGCUCUGCCUGCUUCUUCUCUAAGUGGAUGUCUAGGCUUAUUGUGCAAAACGCCACAAUAAAGCAGCGCUCCCAGUCCUGGCAUUUCACUUCAGCCUCUGCUAUGUCAGAAGCCCGCAUAUCCAUGAGCCUGUCCAUCUCUGAACAACAAACUUCUUUUCUGUUUACAUGGUGAUUUAUUCUUUGCAGCAACAUUUCAGAAGAUCUGAUUGCAUUUGGGUUUCUUGUGUCUUAAUGUUUUUGGAGUGUCCCCCUCGAAGCAACAGACUCACCUGAGAUGGUUUGAACUGCGGCGAGCCUGAAGACAACACUCAGGGAUGAAGCCGUACCAGCUGCGUUCUGUUCAAACUACCUGCUCCGAGCUGACACCCUCGAGACUACAGAGUUGUUAAGUGUGAUGUCACUUCUGGGUCCAUCAGCUGAUUGAAAACAAUGUUUGCAAUGUUUGGUAUUAUGCUAAAUCACUUUUUAAUUUAAUGUUAAUGUUAUAACACUGUUCCCUAAUCAAAAACAUGCCUGAAGAGGUUUUAGAUGUCAUCCACUCCUAACCUAACAGAACUGCUCCCACACGACAAUUCUCCAUAAAUAUACAAAAACAUGAUACAAAACUAUAUGCAACUUCUCAACCCUGAUGUACAGUAGUUUCAUUAGCGGGUGCACGCUGAUUGUGUUUUACCUUGUGCUCUGAAGGGGGAGUGUGGGAGAACAAAAGGAGGGGAGACUCAGAGCAUCAAAAAGAAAAAUAAAACAUGCUAAUACAUUAUCGAUGGAUAUAACAUAUUCAAAACAAAAGAAGGUAACAUGGUGAUCUAAAUAUGUUGUGGUUAAUGCCCCAUCUUUAAAAAGAAAUUGCAGUCGUUGAAAGCUAACAAGGUUAUAAGCAUGGAUCUAUAGUUAUAACUGUGACAGAAAGUGAAUGAGAGGUUGAGGUAAGAAGCUAGGUGACGGUCGAUGAGAUAUGCAACAGGUAAUCCUACGUUAUGACAGAUUAUUACUACGUUAUUUACAUAUUUGGUACAAUUUGUGAUGUAACAAGCUAUUUUGAAACACAACAACAACACGACCCGGAAGUAACAUUAUCACUUAACAACUCUGGAGCUCAACUGACCGCUCAUCCCCCGGUUCUGGAAAUAAGUUUCUCAUUAUUUUUUCCCAUUUCCAAAAAAAAAAAAAAAAAGCUUGCUCAUUGUUAAUCAUCUAUAUAGUAACUAAUGACCAGAAUUUAUUAUUUAUUAAAAAUCUGCCUCUGAAACUUAAUAAACCAAUAAGUUAUCUUUUUUUGUCUUUUUAAAUGUACCUUUUAGACUUUAAGCAACUGCGUUAUGGAUAUUUGUUACCAUGUAGCUGGUUAGCCUCUGCAAUGCCUUUGAUCUCUUAAUUUUUGAUGGGAAAAUUAAUGAAAAAUUUACUUCUGGAACUCCAGAGGGCGGUCACUGUUGAGCUCCAUAGGAUUCCCCCAUUACGCAUUUAUAAUUCAGUGAAGUAUUAUCAAAUCUACAAUAGUUUGAUUAAUUUGUCUAUUUCAGUUCACAAUGCGUUACUAACAUUGACUGUGUUAUGUGUUGAUAAUAUUGUACAUAUGUCAUUUUGGUUUUGGCUUGUCAGCGGAAAAGAGCACGAUCAAAACUCCUUAAUCUGUUCCCUGGUACAUGUGACGUGUGAUAAGAUUUGAAGAAUGCCCUGUAAAUGACUGACUUGGACACUGUUUACAUUUACGAUGUUUGUGUGUACACUACAUUAAUGUGGUAGUAUUAGCCCUGUUUUGGAUUCAUCCUUCAGCCCAUCCCUCUCCACAUUAAUUUAAGAUGAAUAAAUGACAGCAGGUGUGUGCCUGUGUGAACUAUG